CUUAAAACCACAGUCACAUUAGGAUCACUUUUCAUACUUUCUGAACUUCAGCUCACAGUCACUAGAGAAGCAACCAUGAGGUCUGCCGUCCUGGUUUUGGGUCUGUGUGCUCUGGUCCCCCUGGUUUACGGUGCCUGCUAUCGGAGCCUGCCAGAAUUCGGUGCGACAGAGUGCAUAGACGAGACUGAUCAAACCGCGCAUGAAGUUGGGUCUUCCUGGACAAACAGCAAAUGCAUUGACUGUAACUGUGAGCCUGAUGGCAUGACCUGCUGUGAUGGACUGCCGUCAAUCACAGGUUACGACGAGGACUGCACUGUGGAGUACGAUUACGAGAAUUGCACAUUCGACGUCUUUAAGAAGGAUGAUCGCUCAGAGAAGUGUGAAUUCCAAGCCGUGUUGUAGUGUCUGAAAUCAAUAGAGAAUGAAAGAAAGACAAAAAAAAACAGCAUGCUACUUUUCAGUCUGUCAGCUUUCUGCUUCUUUUUGAAACCUAUAAGAAAUAAUAAUAAACUUCACUGAAUGCA